GUUGUGGUAAGCUUUAGGCCAGUGCAGCAGUGUGCGCCUACCGACAACCUCUCGUUCGUUUUGGUGUUACUUUCAUAACGGGUACAGCCGGUGGUACCCAUAUCAUCAGUACUACAGCACGGUAUCUUGUAUAUAUAGACUUAUGUCAUACCUGUUCCUUAUAUUUAGUCAAGUUAGACUACCGGUACCGGUUAUUCACAUAAGAAGAAAUCACAUUUAUUCGUUCUAAAGCAAAGCAAUCAAGUGGAUAUAGGCCCUACUACUGUACUAGUCUACAAGAACAUAAGCUCGCACAAGUUUAGCAGUUCGGAAGACUGGAAGAAAAGUUUGAUUGUGGAAUGUCUGUGCAUGCUGCUGGGCAAAGUGUUGGCGCUGGAAAUGACUCAACUAAGCAAAAAACGACCCAUCACCAUAAACAUCAAGUAGCUUCUGCAUUAGUACAAAACACAGAAAAUGUAAAUUCAUCUGAUGUUAUACCACCACUACCUAAAGGAUGUAAGCCUCUUGCUCAUCAAGUGGCGGGGCACAGAUUUGGACAAGGACGUUUAAAAUUGGGAAUGUUACAGCAUACAGAUGGGUCAAUUCUAAAACCUGUGCAACCUCCGCCAAGAGGAGAAUGUGAAGUUAAUUUUUAUACCAAAGUAUUCAACCCAAAAUGUGAAGAUCCAGUUUUGAUGACACUGCGGCCAUUUCUUCCAAAAUAUCUUGGGUUGUGUCAUCCUAUUAUUGUAGAAGAUGAAUCUGAGUCACCUGCAUACAUGAAAUUAGAAGAUGCAUGCCGCAGAUUUCGCAAUCCUUCAAUUCUCGACAUCAAAAUUGGAAGAGUGUCUUAUGACCCACAUGCAGAUGAAGCGAAAAUAGCAUUCGAAACAGGAAAAUAUCCACCCCAGCAAAACCUUGGAUUUCAAUUGUUAGGAAUGAGGGUCUCUGGUCAAUCACCUAAUGAAGCAAUCUUUUUGGACAAAAAAUGGGGGAGAUCAUUAACUGAGGAAACCAUCAUGGACGGUCUGGAGGUUUUCUUCACUGGAAACAAAGCCUGGCGUAAACAUUUAAUAAAAGCUUUCUUGCAAAGACUGGAAACUAUCUUAAUUUGGUUCGAAUCACAAAGCCAACUUCAGUUUUACUCAUCGUCAAUACUUCUCAUAUACGAAGGAGAAUUUUUCGAUGGAUCAUCUGAUUCUGAUGAAGAGUUCAUGCAUAAAUAUAGAUCGUAUGUUCCUAACAAUUUUCGUGUCAAUGAGUGCUUUCGUGCCAUAGAUAAAGUUCUGCAGGCCAAUCUUACCCAAGACUUGAGAGAGAAUUCUCUUGAAGAGAGUCUUGAAUCUCCUACAUGUGAUUUUCCAAGCCAACAUACGAAGACAACAAGUAGUAAUGAAAACAAUGAAUCGUCGUCAACAAAUGAACAACAAAAACAAUCUCAACAUGAAGAUAAGACAAAAGAAACAUAUGCAACAAACAAAGAAACGUCACAAACUCAACCAUCUGUACCUGCAGGAGGAGAUAAUUCGAACAAUCAAACAUUCCGAACACCUAGUGGAAAUGAAUCUGGAUAUUCGAGUGAAGUCGAUUCUAAGAAGAAAUUGUCAAGUGAGGUCAGGGUGCAACAAGAAUUUGUAAACAAUUUAAGUCGAAAAAUGCAACAACAUGCUAUGACUGAAUACAGUAAAUACAGGUUUCCACCUGACCUUGUAGAUGUCAGAAUGAUUGACUUCACUCACAUAUUUGAAGAUAAAUGUAAAGAUGAAAAUUACAUAUACGGAUUACGGAAUCUGAUAACACAUCUACGACUCCUCCUUAAGCGAUCGUAACUUUCUCACGUGGCAUAAAGUAACCAAAAAUCUGUUUUCUGUUUUUAAUAGUCAAGAUUCUUGAGUUUUAUUUUCAUCAUGUCAGUUUGUUUUAUUUUUUAACAAUGCUUUUUGUGUAACUAUGUCGCAUGAUGUGUUUCAUUUAAGAAUCGUUUUGCUGAAAACAGGUUAGACAUAACGCUCAAAUUUUUGCUCUAAUUGAAUUAUUGUCUGUGUACUCUGUGUAAAUGCGUUUGUAUUUGAGUAUUUUGUUUAUAUAGCGUUGAUAUUGCCACAAAAUUAACAAUAACCCAUUUGAAAAUAAUUGUCUAUUUCAUCAUUCAUUUCCACAGGAAAAUGUAAUAACACACUAUAUGUUUAUAUAGACAUCAUAUUGACUGAAAAGCGAAAUUUUUAGGUUUACAUGUCAAAUACCAAAAUCCCUGUGCUCCCAUUUUUUCAUCGUAUUAUGGCACGUAUUCUCAAAUAUUAAAUCAACAUUUGACGAAAAUCAAAAAUAAUACAAUCAUUGCCUUGACCUCAAUAGACAACUUAGCACCGUACCUUGGAAAAAUUCAACUAGUUUAGUCGUUAGAGAUAUCUCGUGAAUAUAUUUUGUUACCAAUAUUUUUUUUAAUUUAUUGCAAAAUUAAAUUUUGGCCUCUUCACAAAAAUAAAGCAAAGUUUAUAUUUUAUUUUAGACACAAUUACAGUGAAUAUUUUGGACUCAUAAGAUGCAAACCAUGUUUUUAAAAUACUUCCAUAUGUUUUUUACACGACUGUUCAUGUAAUUUGAGAAUAUUAUUUUCUAACUAUUGGAAAUAAAUUUAUAAUUUGCCUUAUUGCUAUUAUUAUGAAAGCAAUUUUACACAACUUGUAAAUUGUUUUGUUAUUUCAGUUUUACUCGUCGAUUGUCACUGCUUUGUGUUUGUGCGUUCUUCUAUAUAUUCUCUUCUGUUGUGUUUGUUGUUGAAAUCAUUAAAAACGGCUAGAGAAUAGUAUAGCUAUCCUGCUACUUGAUAUAUGCUAUGUAACAUAUAUUCAGUCACUAAUAUACGCCAGUGGAAAUAUUUACAUACAAAAGUUUCUUCCAAUUUUCAUCCAAAUGUCAUACAAUUCAUACAGUAUUUUAGUUUCACUCAGAUUCGGGCCAUGGCAAUUAAUCGAUUGCUCUACUUUAAAUUGGAGGUUUUAUGUUUUUGAUUGCUGUAACAUGUAACUUAAUGCUUCUUGCUUUUAUGUGCCUUCAAGAACAAAAUAACUUCAUAAUUCAAAUAAUUUGAUUGGAAAAAUACGGCUUCAAUAUGGGUUUUCAUUAAGUAUUUGAAUCACAGUGUUUGAUAAUAAUAGAAAUGAGACAAAAAAGAAGCCUUUGUUCAUGACCCCCAGAAAGCAGCCUCAUGGCCUCUUGAGAAGCCUUGUAUGCAAAUAGUUUUUGUAUCUGCUAUCAAAGAUGGUCUUGAUUUUAUAAUGUCAGCUAGAAAAGUGUCUGUCCAUUUAUUCUUUAUAUCCUUCAUGUAUUUUGAAGCAUAUUGUACAUGGAAAUACUAAAACAUUGCUCGAGUGUGAACAAUAACUAUCGUAUCUUGGAAAUUUGGUCUGGUAUUUACAUUCAUGUUUUUAUUUGUGAAAUUUUAUAGUUUUUCAACCUUUUAUUGCAUUGUUAGUCAGGAUUAACUAUGUACAUUUAUAAAAAAAAUACUGCUUCAAAAUAAUUGCAUCAAUUUAUUUUUUAUGAUUGUUUUUUUCACUUUUACAUUCACAAGGAUUCAUCUCAUCGAUACUAGUGAUUCAGUUAAGAUGCUUUAAUGAACUCGUCUAUAUAAACGUUGUUUCACAGAAAAGCAUUUUUCACAUAUCACAUUUUCACAGCAAUUUCUUGACGAUGUGUAUGUGUUUCUUGGUGGUUUUUAUAUGUGAUUUGAACAAUUAGACAGAACAAUGGACCAAAAUCUAUCCUGCAAUACCCUCAUUGGUAAUUUUAAAUUCAAUUAGUUAUCAAUUUCAUGGUAUAUUGUUAAUGGUUGAUAUUUUUGAUAAGGUUGGUCAAAAAAAGAUCUAUAAACACGCCACUGUAAUUUAGAACUACUUACAAUCAAACCCAAAAAAAUGGCUUCGGAGUAUAGUUGGGAAUGCACAAUUUGUACAUAAAGUAUACCAUCUACACAUUUAAUUGUGCCUUAUACAUUUUAGCUUACUAUUACCGUAUAUUUUCUAUAUAUUCGAAAUCUUACUAUUUUGUUUAUAAAUUUAACAGCGGCAGUGCUUUAUUAUUUGUUAAAUGUAUUUUACUGUAUGAUUAAACAUAUCCAUAAACUUAAUUAUAUUUGAAAUCUGAUACCAGUGUGGCCAAUUCUAUUGUAGACUUUUACUUUUGGUCGGUUGACAUUAAUCGUUGUGAAUGAGAACAUUUUAUUCACGAUUAAUCAGUUUUAUUUUUCUUUAACUAAAAGAAAUUUUGUCCACUGAAAUUAUUUGGAAAAUUAACUAUUUCAUUAAUGACUUAUUUAUGGUUCCUUAUCUUUAAUGAACACAUAAUCUAGUGAAAUAUCUUAGUGAAUAUCUGUUAUCAAAUAUACUUCCAAAAAAUGUGAAAAUCUGACAUUUUUCCACUGUUAAUGACAACAUGUUUUGAAAAUGAAAUUCAGCCUCAUUUUAUUGAUAAAUGAAUAACAAUAAUUUCAAAGCAGGUGGCUUUAUUUUGCAUUCAUUAUAAUUUUUUGGUUUUACUUUAUUGUGAAAAAUUCUUUGGAAGCAAUAAUGUGUGAUAAAUUUGAUUUAGGAUGAAACUAUCUUUUUGAUCAUAAUGAAAGUAAAAAAAAAUCUGUGUAUCGUGCUUUUUUAAAUAGGAAAUUUCUAUUAUCUGGUAAGUUUUAUUAUCCUGUUGCUCAGUAAAUGUACAGGCAUUUAGUAUUCAGAAAUCUAACUAAAAAGUUAUUGUUUUAAAUAGGGUUGCUGAAUUCUGAGAAUCAAUUUAAGACCUAUUUCUGAUAUCUCAAUCAAAACAAUAGCUUCAUUGGGCACUAGCUUGUUUUACCUUCAUCGAGACAGACUUGUUUUUGUUAUGUGUACAUGUUAUUACACCAUAAAUUGAGUGGAUCGUAUGCUUUCGUUUCUGCCUUGCUAAUUGAAAAGCUUAUUAUUUCGAUAUGUUUUUGUAGAUUGUGUGGAAAUACUCUAUGUGCAUGCCAAAGUUUUUCCAAGAACUUGGCAACAUUUAUAUUGGACUACCAUUACAAAAGAUAUUAUUGAAUUUGUCAUAAUUAUGAACUGAAUUAAUAGGCGACAGUUGGCAAUAGAUCAAUUGAAUAGUAUAUUUUUUUUCAGUUCAAACAUUGGUGCUUCAAGUCACACUGUAUUGGACUGUGUCCAAGUCAUUAAUCCCUUGUCUUCUUUUGAAACAUUUUGUUUUCACACAAUGACUGUCUAAACUUAAUAUGAUAGGUACCGCGAGUCGAAGUGUUUGAAUAAUCCUUCAACUUUCAACCCACCCAUCGAAAUUUGUGCAUACACUGUGCCCUUGUAAAAUAUACUAGACUAUUUAGUUGGAAGCUUCAAUAAUUAGAAAGAAUAUGUGCCUUGAAUUCGUCUUUUAUUGAAAAUUGACAGGUUUUCGAGAAUAUGGAUAUAUUUUGUAUUCUUUAAGUUUGAGUAAAAACUUUAGCUAUGUAUAUAAAACUUGUCGAAUCAAUGCUUCAAGAUACUUUUAUAAAACUAACUUUCUUUUGAAACUACUAGUAUUACAUUCCCAGUUGUAAAGAGACGCUUGCAACAUUAAUUUACCAUGAUCUCAUGGAGAAACGCUUUGCCAUUGUAAUUGUGUAUUAGGCUAAUCUGUAAGUACCGCUGGAUUGAAUGUAUCCAAGAAUUAUCUAGUAUGAUGUUAUAUGUAUUCGUUCGUUUUUCUAUGCAUAUGACUGAAUCCAAUAAACCUUGAUUACAUGUUGGGAAGGAUAUAUAUGAACCUGAAUAUUAACAUCAAAUAUUGAAAUAAAUUGAGAGUGCUUUUACAUUAA